AUGUCCCUCGAGUCCCCGUACCCGCCGCUGCUCAACGGCAGCUCCACCACCGGCUCCAUGUUCUCCGGCGCCGCUUGCGCCACCGCCUCUGCAGCAACACCCCCGUCCUCAGCCCUCGCGGGCUCAGGGGUGCGGGUCUUUUCCACUGCUGGCGCCCUCAGCGCCGACUCCACUACCGUGCCCCCCUCGACCCCGGCCCUCGAGGGCUCGGGGGCGGGGGUCUCUCCCUCCCCUUGGCCGGCGGGGCUCUCCUAUGUGCCCCCACCAGCUCCUCCUUCUCCUGCUUCCAGCUGGGCGGAGGCAUCCGCUCCGCCCCCGCCGGCUCCAAUGCCCAGCUGGGCGGCGCUCUCCGCGUCACCCCUGCCGGCUUCCUUCUAA